CAGGCCCCGACCCGCCGGCCCGCUCCCAGGGGUGCAGAGCUGGAGAAUAAAGAGCACGCGCCCCGGCCUCAGUGCUUCUGUGCGUUACCGGGAUGGGAUGCCGCGCCCGGCACCCGAGGAUGGGACCGGGCAGGGGCUCCGCCUGGGGGGUGGGGGGCGCCGUGCCUCGGCCCGGGGCUGGCACGCCGGGGCCUGACGCCACGCAGGUGCCCGCUAAAGGGAACCUUCUCCCUGUCGGGGCGGCCUGGGGUCGGACGGGCGGGGCAGAGGCCGGGAAUCCGGCGGCCCACCGAGGGCUGGGGGUGCAGACGCUCAGACGGAGACGGGACGAGGCUGACCGGAGGCCGCGCUGGGCCGACGCUCAGUGCGCCGCUGGCACUAUCCGCGGGGCGUCCCUGACAACCAAGGAGACCGGUUGCUAGGGGACCAUGCUAAUGAAGGACUCGCCCGCUACCAAGAUGGCGAGCAACCCGGCUUCAGGCCAGAAACCGUGCCCUUCCUAGAGAGCCAUUUUGGAGUCUGGCAAAAUUCCGGUUCCGGGCCCAGGCCUGGCAGGCUAACCAGCACACGCGGAGGACCCCGGAAGCAGACGGGCGAUCAGAACUUGGGGGCGUAGGGGGCGGGCGGUGGCAAGUGGCACGGUCUAGUUAUUUUUGCCAGUCUUCCAGCCCGAUCCGGGGGCCCUCUGCCCUCAACCAAGAUGGCCGCCGCGAGGCGCCACGCACUGUAAGCCUCAACGGCACUUCCGGUCCCGCUGCCCUCAGCGAAGAUGGCGGCGGUGGAGAAGCGGCGGCCGGCGGUGGCUCCGGCGGCCAGUUUCACGGACAGCGGCCGGCCGGCGGUGUCCCGAACAGCAGCACCGUCCGACAGCGAGGAGGACUUCCUGCGGCAGGUCGGCGUGACGGAGAUGCUGCGCGCGGCCCUGCUGAAGGUGCUGGAGGCGCGGCCCGAGGAGCCGAUCGCCUUCCUGGCGCACUACUUCGAGAACAUGGGCCUGCGCUCGCCUGCAAACGGCGGCGCCGGGGAGCCCCCGGGUCAGCUCCUGCUGCAGCAGCAGCGCCUGGGCCGCGCGCUGUGGCACCUCCGCCUGGCUCACCACUCCCAGAGGACAGCCUUCAACAACAACGUCAGCGUGGCCUAUGAGUGCCUGAGCGCCAGCGGGCGCAAGAAGAAGCCGGGGCUGGACGGGCGCACCUACAGCGAGCUGCUCAAGCGCAUCUGCCGGGACGGGGAGGCUCCCGAGGAGGUCGUGGCCCCCCUGCUGCACAAGAUCCAGUGCCGGGACCACGAGGCCGUGCCGCUGGACGUCUUCCGCGCCGGCAUGCUCACCUGCUUCGUGCUCCUGGAGUUCGUGGCGCGGGCCAGCGCCCUGUACCGGCUGCUGGAGGACCCGGCCCUGGCUGUGGCUGACCGCCGGGUGGGCCAGGCUGUGCUGGACACGCUGGAGGGGGCCCUGCAGGCCAGCGACGGGGCCCCGGUGCCUGCCCGCUACCUGGAGGCUGGCUCGCGCCUGGGCCCCGACAGCCUGGCGCUGGCCAUGGACCGCGCCCUGGUGGCCCGGCGGCCCAGCUCCCCGAUGACGCGGGAGGAGUUCCUGGAGAAGGCCGCCGCCCUCUUCAUCGCCAAGGUCAAGCCCGUGGCCUGAGCCCGCACACCUCGCCGCCCCCUCCCGCACCCACAGCGAGGUCGCAGCCGCAGGUCGCUGAUGCGGGUCUGGGACUGGGGUAUGCCCGCGGGCAGGGGCCGGGCAGGGAGCCCCCCACCCCCUUCAACCCUGACAUCGCGCCCCAGCCCCGUCGGGGGGCCUCGGGUCCCAGGAAGUGGGCACCCCCACCCCCACAAAGGCCUCUCCUCCCGCUGGUAAUAAAAUCUGUUCCCAGGCCAAG